AUGGCCGAGGCCGCGCUUCGCAUGUUCCCGGGCAUCCUGUUCAGGCCCCGUGAGCCGGUGCCUCCCCGCUUCGCCCAUCUCGUUCCGCAUCUCGAGGAUAACGUUGGAGGAUUUGACCGUCGUGAGCUCAACCGAGACCCUUCGAGAGGGCUCGGUGUUGGCCGUGAUGGACCGGGCAUCACCAACUUCGCACGGGUCGGCCCGGAUCCUUGGGGCGCUCGAAUCCCUCGUAGCCCGGUGCCUCGCCCUAGCCCUGACGACUGGGCAGAGCCACACAACACGCGGUUCGCCCUGUUGCCAGAGCGGCCACCACAACAGCACCAGGGCUUCCUCCCGCCACUAUCCUCGUCGGUCAAAGUCCAGAUCGUCCACGACACAGCAAAGUUUACAGUUACGCACGUUUUCUGGAACCGGUCCGAAGCCAUCAAGCAAGGCACAUACCAGUUCCCCUUGCCUCUCGAUGCCACGGUGACCGAGUUUAACUGUCGCAUCGGCACGAACAGGAUCAUCCGCGGCAAGGUCAAGGGAAAGGAGGAAGCUCGCCGGGACUUUGACGAUGACGUUCGCCGGGGCCGGACUGGAGGUAUGGUCGAGCAGGAGACGGCUGAGAUCUUCACCAUCAAUCUCGCCAACAUCGACGCCAAUACCAAGAUGCGCGCCGAGCUGUCCUUCAUGUGCUUUCUCAAACACAGGACCUCGAACAACCGCGACGUUUUUACCCUGACGGUGCCGACGUUUAUCGCUCCGCGGUUCGGUGACGUGCCCCAGGGUGUCCUUGUGGAGUAUCAAUUCAGCCACUUCUUGAGCUUCGAGGCAGAUGUCCUGACUACCGAGGAGCUCAUCACCGUGAACAGUGACACGCACAACAUCAGGUUUGUUCGAGGCGCCGGCCGGCGAGCCUGUCAGACCUGGGACGAUUUUGUCAUGCAGCGCGACAAUGUAGAACUUAACCAAAAGAUGGGCACCGUGGAGCUCGAGGACGCUCGCGCGAGCCUUGACAAGGACAUGGUCAUUACCAUAACUACGGCUCAGUCUGACAACAAUGAAACUCCACACGCCUGCAUCGAGGCCCACCCGCACCUGGAGAAUCACAAGUCGUUGAUGCUUACCCUCCCAUCCGACUAUUUGCUAAGUGGAGAGGGCUUCGCCCACGACGGCGAGAUCGUCUUCGUUGCUGACCGUUCGGGCUCCAUGACGGGCAAGAUUGAGAGCCUCAAAUCGGCUAUGCUGUUCUUCAUACACGGCAUUCCCGAAAACCGGCCGUUCAAUAUCUGGUGCUUUGGCAGUAGGUGCGAGUACAUGUGGCCGCGCUCCAAAAACCUUACGGAACAGACUCGGCUAGAAGCUAUCCACUACGUUCAGCGCAACUUCGCCGUCGACAUGGGCGGCACCGAUAUUCUCCCUGCCCUAAAGAGAAUCUAUGAGCCUAGAGGCGGCUACCACACCCUCGACGUGGUUGUGCUGACAGACGGCGCCAUUUGGGGGCCGCAUGAGAUCAUCGAAUAUGUCAAGGAGAAGAGACUCGUCAGCGAAGGUUUGUUCCGCUGCUUCUCCCUGGGCAUCGGGUACGCGGUCUCCCACGAGCUGGUCGAGGGCCUAGCAAAGGCAGGAGGCGGUUACGCCGAGGUCAUCACGAACGUCUGCGGCGGCGGUUGGGAGGAUCGGGUCGUUGCCGUCCUAAAGUCUGCCCUUGCGGGUCAUGUUGGCAGUGUCGAGAUGCGGCUUGAGUGGCGCAAGGAGGAUAGCCAAGAGCUCGUUCAGUCCCCGAUGUCGUUCAAGCAGUCUCCCGCCAACAUAUCAGCCAUCAGUCCCUUCAUCCGCAACAGAAUCUUCCUGCUUUUCGACUCUGACGUGCAGACAGCAGAACUUACCUCCGUGAAUCUCAAAAUCAGAGCGCCGGGCGGGCAUGUAACGACAAAAAGGGUACUGCCCAAGCGCCUCCUGGAACCUGAUUCCACUCUCCACAAGCUGGCUGUCCGGGCACUGCUCGGCGACUUGGAGCGAGGCGAAAGCUGGCUCCAUUGUUGCCAGGACGGAGCCGAAGAUGCCGCUGUUCGCCAAGAGGCCAUCGAUUUGGGCAUGAAGUGGUCCCUCGUGUCUAAGUGGAAGAGCCUGUACGCUGUCGAGGAGGAGACUGACGAGCCGUUUGACAUUAACAUCCAGUUUCACCUUGACGAAGAAGAGGCAACACACGAAGACGCACUUUUGCAACCUCGCGGUACGGUCAACCAGAAUAUCGGCUUGACAAAGGGGGGCGCUGCUAAUAAAGCUCUGGACACGGCCACCGAGAGUGAUCCCAGCUCAGACAGUGAAGAUGACAACAACGUCGAAUCCAAACAUGACGACGGAUCAGACGGCGGCUCAGACGAUGGGGAUGGUAACGACAACGAGCCUAAUGUUGGAGCGGAUCUCGCGGGCCAGCAUGGCCGAUCUGGUGCCGGUAGUGCCGAUGGUGUACAUUACGGCAGACACGAUGAGAUUCCUGACGAUAUUUGUGACUAUGGGGACUCGCGAAUGGACAAUGUCGACGACGCCACCUCGGAUCACACUGGAGCCGCUAACGAGCCGGAGUUUGAGUCUGCGUCGUUGACGUCGAGGUCGGAAAUUCGCCGGAGGAGCGGUCAUCAGGAGCUCGCCGCUGCCGAGCUAGGACGGACGACGGUAUCCGGCCUCGUGGAACACCAUCGCGGCAGGGUUGGAGACGCCAGGUUUGCGCCCGCGACGUCUCAGACAUCCUGGUCCCGGAAUCGGUCAUCAUCGCGAACCCGCGGGGUAGAAGUUGUGGGAGCGGUCCUCACUACCUAUAUGAGGGAUGACCUUCAGGAUGCGGCAGCGGCAGCCAAGAUCCCCGAUGGUGUCGUGAAGUGGCUCAGCCCACUGCAUAUCGCGUCUGCUGCGGCGGAACAUUCGCUGGACGAAUGGGAGUCGACCGCGAGCAAGGAGAAGCCGCCGCUCGACAGGUCCAGUACUUAUCCGUGGAUCAUCCAGCCAGUCGCGAGCAGUUCUACCAAGCCGGUUUACCAGGACCAUCACGUUGGGAGUUAA